AUCACUUCCUGUUUUUAUUUUUUAUUUUUUAUUUUGUUUGCUUCCAGUAAGCAACCAUCAUGUCCACAGAAGUGUGCUUCGGACAUUGGUCAGUGAUAACUCGGGGUUAGCCCAGUGUUUGAUUGGAGCGUCAGUUGGUAGGGAAGGGCUGAAUCCAAUAAGAGUUCAACACGAGGAAGCUUGAGGAGUGGAGAGUUGCAAAAAGUGCAGCAAAUCCACAAAGCAAAUGCGUUGGUUCACGUCUGCUAGACUAGCCUUUUUUGCUUCUCCCUCACAAUUAAGACAUUGAUCUCAUCUUCACUUCUCAUUUAGAAUCGAACCCAAUUCUGCAUUCUCGAGUGUGACCUGGGACGUUCCCACUGGUCACUACAGGUGGCCGUGCGCAUUCAAACUUGAAAGCAUCUGGACUGUUUUUUCCACUUUUGGGGUUCGUCGAAUGUUUGCGUUCUCCCGGUGGGUUAUGAUUCGGCCAUUCGGAAAUAAAAUUGCUGGGGAAUGUCCAGUACCGUGAGUGUGUUUGUGUCAGGGUGCACCCCCGCAGAGUAUUCGAUUUGAAGAGGUGUUUUUGCAGCACUGAUGGCUGUCUUGUUAAGGGAGCUUCAGUGGGCAGUCUUUUGCGCAGAACUGAGUCACCACUGUCCUGUCGACAGAAGAUGGCGGGGGAUACCAGAGAGCGCGCAGAGUCUCCGAGGCAGGGUAGGGACGCCCUUGCCGGGUGCUAGUUGGGGCGGGAAGCUCAAAUGGGAGAAUCGCCGCAACAGAAGGUUUGGUGUCUGUCAUGCCGCGCAGAAGUCUUUGUAUGAGACCUUGGGCGUGUCACCUACGGCCACAGAGAAGGAGAUUAAGCGAGCCUACAGGGGUUUGGCUCUCAAAUAUCACCCCGACGUUAAUAAGCAGCCAGGAGCCCAAGAGAAAUUUUUAGAGAUUAAAAAUGCGUACCAGACUUUAGUGGACAGCAAGAGCCGUUCCAGGUACGAUGCUGGGGGCAGCCGCACACGAUCGGAUGAUUGGGAUCCAUUUCAGUGGGGAUCGGGGCGAAAGACCACGCAGAAAGAGGAGGAGUUUUACGGAUUUGACCAAUUCUUUAAGGACAUUCAAGAUGAUUUAAGAAAACGAAGUUCUACGAGAGGCGCUAAACCUAAGAGUCUAUGGGAAGAGUUAGCGGACAUUGGUGAAGAAUUUGUGGAGUUUUUUGAAAAGGAACUGAAUGUAAGUGAUGGUGAGAAGGCGAGCGCAAAUUACACAGCCAGUUCCUCGACCCAGAACCAAGAGACAAGAGAGCGGAGCUCUAAAUCAAAAUCAAAUAGUUCGGGUACCAAGUCCCCGCGACGAGAAGAGUCUUCUGAUGACCGAGCGAAAAAGGUUGAUGACGUUGACGACAUUGAAGAUAUGCUUGCAAAGUUGAAAAGAGAAAUGGGGCGGUAGUCUAAAGAUGUUCUCUUCCAUGUCGUCUGUAUAGUAACAAGGAUAUCCGCGGAUAUGUCUUUACAUUACCACACUGAUUUUCGUUGUCUGGCUUGCACCAAGUAAUCAAAAGCUUCUUUUGUUUGGCACAUUGAGGUUCGAUUGCUCCGUGAUGAGGUUGUACUCGCAGAAUUUGGUUAUUCAGAUCUGAAACUGUCAAACCAUAAAUGAGGUUCAUUGUAACUGUCUUGUGGUUUAUUGUAACGGAGGUCCUGGGCUAUGUCUCAUGAUUUUAAAAUCCUUAUGGGGUUAAUCUCUCUCUAACCACCAGAGAUUUUUCUUU